AUGUCUUCCCAGCCACGUGUUCGCACAAACAAGAUUUUCUUGUUCGGGGACCAGACGACCAACUUCGGCCCCUCUCUUAAAAGAGUUACCGCGAAUUCAAAGCAAAGUUCACCACUUGUACGGAAGUUUCUAGCCGACGCUCUAGAUGUUGUGAAGCUUGAGGCUAGAAAACUCAACCAUCACGAAAUAUUGGAUGUUGAAAGCUUCACCUCUCUCCUCGCUUCUCCAGACGAUUACGAAAACUUGGAGGACAGAGCAGGGGUAAUACAAACCGUUCUCACUUGCAUAUCUCGACUCGGAGAGCUCAUAUUACAUGUAGAGCGCGAUCCUACAAUAAUAAAAUGGGUACACAAAAGUUCACCUAUCCAGGCCUUGGGACUGUGUACAGGCCUGCUGCCGGCGGCGGCUCUAGCGGCGGCCCAGGACAUUCAAGACCUGGCGCAGUUAUCUUUGCUUAUGGUCGGAGUAGCGUUCCGCCUCCGAGUCGAGCUGCACCGCAGAUCAACCCGCGUCGAAGUAGAGAAUGGUAUAUGGGGGUAUCUUGUAGUGGGACAAACUAUUGAUGAGAUUGAGACAGCGCUGGAUAAGUUUCACAGCACUGAAAAUGUUCUGCUACACAAAAGAGCCUAUAUCGCGGUUGCGGCAGACGGAUGGUCCGCAGUCUUUGGCCCACCCUCGACGAUGCGAAAACUGUUUAAAGAAUCGUCAUUUUUGGCAAAAGCAUCAAUCUCAGAGCUGUAUCGGGCGAAUGGCGCCGUUCACGCUCCUCACUUGCCCGAACUCGAUAUGGACGAGAUCAUCGGCACAAACCGAGACCUUCUAAGUCGCGAGCUGUCCCCGAAUGUGCAGGUAAUGUCAACUAGCCAAUGUCAGCCAUUUAGAGCGGCUACUUUGCGAGAUUUGCUGCGGCAUGUCCUUGAUGACAUUUUGAUUCUCCGUCUUGACAUGGACAACACUGCCAAAGCUGUCGCUUCGAACGUGCCGACCGACUCAGCCGUCCAGCUCGUUGUCGUUGGUGGCGCAAACGCUGUUUCAACAAUGCAGAAUGCGCUGGGAGAACGUAACGUAACCGUCACCGUUGUUGACGGCUUCGACUUGCGACCACAGCCGGCGCUGCGCAGCGGCUCCGGCAAGAUUGCCAUCGUCGGUGUAGGCGGUAGGUUCCCGGGCUCCGAGAGUGUCGAUUCUUUUUGGAAGUCCCUCCUUGAGGCAAAGGAAUUCCAUCAACUCGUUCCUGAAAGCCGCUUCGCAUUGGACGCGUGGCAACAUGCUCUUGGUCCAGAUGCCUCCUUGCCAUACGGAUGUUUUCUAGACACACCAGGGCAGUUCGACGCUCGACUCUUCAAUAUCUCACCUCGCGAAGCGGCGCAGAUGGAGCCCAUGCAUCGUCUCCUCAUGCUUGUGACCUAUGAAGCGCUCGAGACUGCGGGAUACGCACCAAACGCUACGCCGUCGACGAACAAGACGCGUGUGAGCACCUUUUUUGGCCAAAGCUCUGACGACUGGCGCGAUGUCAACCAUCAGCAGGGCAUUGACACGCACUACAUCCCGGCGACGGCUCGGGCGUUUGGUGCUGGUCGCCUGCAUCACUUUUUCAAGUGGGAAGGUCCCGCGUUCACCGUAGACGCCGCCUGUGGCUCGAGUGCCGUUGCCAUAAGCCUCGCCUGCGCCGCUCUAGACAGAGAAGACUGCGAUAUGGCUGUUGCUGGCGGAGCCAUGCUCGCAUGCUCGCCGGAUGCCAUGGCUGGUCUGGCCAAGGGCGGCUUCUUGUCUCCUACCGGUAGUUGCAAGACGUUCAGGGCCGAUGUUGAUGGCUAUUGCCGGGGUGAGGCCGUCGCCGCUGUUGUGCUCAAGAGACUCGAAGAUGCCGAGCUGGACAAUGACAACAUCCUGGGUGUCAUUGAUGGAUGGGCGCGCAAUCAUGCCGCCUACGCGAGUUCCAUCACUCAUCCGCAUCAACCCAGCCAAGAAAGGGUCUUUCGCCAAGUCUUGCAGGCUGCCGGGGUGAAGCCUACGGACAUCGGCUAUGUCGAGGCUCACGGCACGGGCACCACGGCUGGCGACUUGUGCGAGGUGAGUUCCAUCACCAAUGUCCUCGGCGGCGACCGAACCUCAGAAAACCCUCUCGUCCUCGGCGCAGUGAAGGCGAACGUGGGGCAUGCUGAAGCGGGCGCCGCCAUUGUUGCAUUGAUCAAAGUAGCGAUGAUCCUCAAGCACAACGGACAAAUACCUCCGCAACCUGGUUUUGAGAACCCCGUCAACCCUGCUCAACUCAACCCCGAGUUUCCUCCGCUCGCAAAACGACAUAUUCAUGUGGCUAACGGCCGUCAAAAUCUCAAGCCUGGCCAAAAGAUUGUGCUUAACUGCUUCGAUGCUACCGGAGGCAACACGAGCUUCGUUAUAUCUGCUGCCCCAGCCGUUAGGGCAUCUUCGCUAUAUAGUAACUCUACCAGUAUGCCGCGAGAAGAGACAGCAGACCCAAGAAAACACUACGUUGUCGUGUGCUCUGGGCAUACUUUCACGGUUAUGAAAAAGAACGAGCGUCGUCUGCUCGAUUACAUCAUGGCACACAAGGAAGGCGCUUUAAGGGACCUCGCUUACACCACCACUGCUCGCCGCAUGAAGCAUCACUCUCACAGGACGGCGUGGGUAGUAAGCAGCAUGAAAGAACUGGGUCGCAGGCUGCUCGAAGACCAGAGCAAGACGGAGCCUAAUGUCAAGCGUCCUGGUUCCGUGGCCUUCACCUUCACUGGGCAAGGUUCAGCCUACCGCGGUAUGGCAAACCAGCUUUUCCACUCUUCGCCCAGAUUCCGCAAGUCCAUCCUCGCGUCUCAGCACAUUUGUGAACUGUACGGCUUCCCCUCUGUUGUGGAAUAUAUUCAAAACGAGGACGAAUCAGGUAACUCAUCCCGGCCACAUGUCAAGGCAGCUCAAGAGCAACUUGCAAUUGUAGCGCUUCAGCUGGCCAUGGUUGAGCUUUUGCAGUCCUGGGGUCUGAAACCGGAUGUCAUCAUCGGCCACAGCCUCGGCGAGUACGCAGGACUCUGCACCGCGGGCGUUCUAUCAGUGAGCGACACCAUUUACCUCGUCGGCAAGCGAGCCGGCCUGCUUGGUGACCAAUGCCAGGCAGACACAUAUGCGAUGGUAGUCCUGCCCUUAUCCAGUGCCGCAGUAUCGUCGCUCAUCGCUGCGCAUCCCGGAUGCUGUGUCGCCUGUAAGAAUGCACCGAAUAUUACGGUAGUCAGCGGACCGAAAGAUGCAAUUUUGCUAUUGCAAGAUGUUGUGCGUAGAGACCAGGGUAUCGAGACUAAGAUGCUACCUGUUGCCUAUGGUUUUCACUCCGAGCAGAUGGAACAGGUGUCAGAUGGCGUCAAAUUACUGGCGCAGCAUGUCCAAUUCUCGGCUCCCAAGACGCCUGUGGCCUCCACGCUCAUCGGAAAGAUGGUGAAAGAGGAUGGUACAUUCCACGCCAAGUAUCUGGCUCGUCAGACCCGUGAGUCGGUCGACUUCGCAGGUGCGCUUGAAGCUAUCCGCGAAGACGGUCUUGCAGAUGAGAAGACGGUGUGGAUUGAAAUUGGCCCUGACGCCGUUAACACCUCCAUGGUGCGCAAGAAUCUGGCCAUUAGGGAAGCAGACCGUGUGUUGCCCACCCUGAGCUCGGGUGAGGAGGACUGGCUGGCCCUGGGCAAACUCGUCGCCUCCGUUUACAUCCGGGGACUGGACAUCGACUGGAGUGCUUACCAUAGGGACUACGAGUCGUCGUUGCGGCUUGUUGAGCUGCAAGGAUACGCAUUUGAUCUGAAGGAAUACUGGCGAUCAUACGUGCAUCCGAAGCCCCAGGAGACCAUCGUCAAUAGCAAUGUUCCUGCCACCAACACGGCUGGCAAAGGGGUCCCGGAUAUGCCGUAUUUGACGCCGUAUUUGCAGUACCUCGCUGGCGAAUCCGUCCAAGCCGAUGGCUCUAUCGUUGCCGACUUUGUGUCCAAGGUCAAUCAUCCGGAGAUGAUAGCCGCUGCCCAAGGACACCUGGUCGAUGGAACACCCAUCUUCCCUGGCUCAGCAUUCUGCGAGAUGGCCUACGCUGCAGCGGAUUAUCUCAUACCCAAGCAUCAGCGACUGAGCGGCAAGCCUCAUGUCUCAUCGCUGGUCAUGCAUGGUCUCGAAAUGAACCGGCCACUUAUUAUCAGCACAUCGACCGACGACUCGGUCGUAAAAACCGCUGCAGUCUGUGAUACCCGGGGUGUUCAGGUCAAGUUCAGUGUUACUUCCGGCCCGGAUACCUACCCCCUAGGGCACGUUUCGAUUCGUUUUGACCGCGGCGCCGCUCUGCUCACCAAGACUGGUCCGACAUCUCUUUUCCUCGUAAGGGCGCGAUUGGAUGCCGUUAUCCAAGACGUGAAGAACGGAGAGGGUCAUGCCCUGCGUAAAUCAGUCAUCUAUCAGCUUUUCGAAAGGUACAUUGGGUACGGUACCGGAUUCCAGGGUAUCCAGGAGUGCUUCCUGAGCCCGGACCUAACCGAGGCCGCCUGCAGUAUCCGGCUUCCGGCUUGCCCAUCAGCCACAGGUGACCGCGACGCUUUCAACAUGUACUGGCGAGACUGUGUAUUCCAUCUUGCCGGGUACAUGCUCAACGGCCACCCGGACGGUCCAGCAGGAGAGGCAAAUAUCGCUGUUGCCGUUCAGGAAAUCAUAUUUGAGGAGGAGCUCAACGAUGCAGAGACAUAUCAGGUGUACACCCACAUGCAUCCGACGGAAACAGGCUUCAUUGGUGAUGUAUACGUGUUUCUUGGCCAAAAGUUGGUCGCGCUCUGCUCGGACAUGGUCUACAAGACGGUCACUCCACGGCGAGGUGUCACCGGUGGCAAAAAGACGACUACCAUGGUUUCCGGGAGAGCGCAGAUCCCAGCAAGACCAAGGGUUAUCUUGCCACCGUCUGAGCCCAAGAAAGAUGCCGUUGCUCUUGGAACUGCCGCUGCUGAACCUAAGUCUGCUAUCAAAGAAGCGGCUGAGGUUCAGGGAGUGAAAUUCAACGAUAAGAAGGAAACUCAGGUUAAUAGUACAGCUGCGGUUCCGCCGGCCCACCAGCAGCAAGAUGUUGCCAACCUGCUUCUGGAGCUCAUCGCAAAUGAGACUGGUUGGCCAGUCGAUGUCCUCGAGGACAGCACUGAACUCGCAGAUAUGGGUGUAGAUUCUUUGAUGAACAUCGUUCUCGUCUCGAAGAUCAGAGCCGAAAAAGGCAUUGAGAUCUCAGCAACCAAAUUUCGUCAGUGCUUCACUGUGGCCGACAUCAGAAACCAGUUCGGCAGUAAAACCACAACGAGUAAAGCGGCUGAAGCCAGUCACAAGGACUGUGUCGCUGAGAAAGCCGACGUCGAGACUAGUCCUGCGCCUUUGCCAGACCAGCUAGAUGACGACGGUUGGGGAGAUGACAUGGAAACCCCCUUCAGUAAUGAUUUAUCUCCGGUGGAGAUCUUGCGGCCGGAUUCGACCGAAACCGACGUGUCGUUGAUCAACUUCAAGGUCCCCAAGACCAUGAAUGCGACGCUGUCGGCAGUAAACGGUGGAGAUGGCUUCAACCUGGACGGAAAGUAUGUGGUCGAGGACUUUCUGAUUCAGGGCGAGGAGAAGGAGGGCGUGCCUUACUUGUUCCUCGUCCCCGAUGGCUCCGGUUCGGUUACUUCUUUCUUCCAACUACCGCAGCUCAGCACCAAUCUCUGCGUAUAUGGAUUGCACUCCCCAUGGGUCAAGAACCCGGAAGACUUCACGUGUACCAUCGAGCAAGCAACCGAUUUGUACCUAGCCGCCAUCCGAGCACGCCAACCGCGUGGACCCUACCUCCUCGGCGGAUGGUCGUCGGGGUGCGUGUUCGCGUACGAGUCCGCACGUCUUCUGCUCGAAGCCGGCGAAGAAGUUCUCGGAAUCAUCAUAAUUGACAUGCACUGCCCGCGUCCCUUGCCCGAAUGGAUCGACACGACGCGUGGUCUGUGGGAGUACUGGUGCGAAACCACGGGGCUCGACAACGUCUUCGCGCCGCUGCCGGACGGCGCGGACCUGGAAGCGCACCUCAUCAGUAACUUCCGUGCCCUUAACAGAUACCACCCGAAGCCAAUGGCCCCGGGGAAACGCCCCAAGCAUGGCACACUUAUCAUCUGGGCCAAGAAGGGCAUGGGGAACGGCUUGAAGAGAGAAGACUACGGUGACUUCCCUGACCCGCUUGGGCUUGGCGAAUGGUUUUGCUUUGAUCGCACUGAUUUUGGUCCCAAUGGCUGGGACGAGUUGGUUGGUGACGACGUUGAAUGUGUUGCCAUUGACGGUCAUCAUCGGUCCCUCAUGGUGCCUCCUGAUGCACACCAGCUUGUGGAAGUUAUCGAUAAAGCUCUUCGGAGGUUCCUUGCAUGA